AUGGUGGUGCCAUGGGGCUAUUUGGAAGUGGUAAAUGCACCUCAAAGGCCACCCUGGAGGGAAAAACCGCACUCAUCACGGGAGCCAAGAGCCAACGCUGGAAUCGGCUACGAGACGGCGAAAGAUUUCCUGAAGAGAGGUGCGCGGGUGAUUAUGGCGUGCAGAAAUGUGCAACUGGCGGAAACGGCAGCCGGCAAUUUGCUCAGCGAAAUUCCUGGCAGCGAUAUUCGCGUGGUGCAGCUCAACCUGGCGUCGCUCAGGUCGGUCAAGGAGUGCGCCGAGGAAAUACUUAAAUCCGAGCCGAAAAUUCACCUGCUCAUCAAUAACGCUGGCGUUAUGGCCUGUCCUUACGAGAAAACCGAGGAUGAACUAGAGAUGCAGUUCCAAACGAUUCACCUGGGCCACUUUCUACUGACACGAAUUUUGCUGCCAAAGGUGUUGGAAAGUGCUCCUGCGAGGAUCGUUAAUAUUUCAGGUGGAGCCCAUUAUGCGGGCAGGGUAAACUUUGAGGACCUCCAGUCAACACGCUCAUACAACUCGGUGCUGGCCUACAACCAGAGCAAGUUAUGUAACUUGCUGUUCACCCUUGAGCUGCAGGAGCUGCUCAAAGACACGGGCGUGGUCGCCUACGCCGUGCACCCUGGUGUGGUGGCCACUGAGCUGGGCCGCCACGUUCCCGGUGGGUGGCUCUUCCAGAAGUUGGGCUGGAUCCUCAAAAACCCAGUGCAGGGAGCGCAAACCACCCUGCACUGCGCCCUGGACGAGAAACUCGCCGAGCAGAACGGCCUUUACUUUAGUGACUGCAGCCCAGCAAGAGCUUCUGGACGGGCGAGGAAUAAGGAUGACGCGAAGAAACUGUGGGAAGUGAGCGAGGACCUCGUUAAGAAUUUCAUUUAAUUAAGAGACAUUCUGAACAAAUAUAACGCAAUUUUAUCCUCUCUACAAAGCAUGACAAGUGGAAUCCUAAAAGCAGACACCAAUUUUUGUAAAUAUUAUAAGUUGGAAAAAAUACUAUAAUAUGUGUUUUAAUUUUAGUGAUUGAUCUAAAUAAACCUGUUGA